ACCGAACAAUUCUCAUGUGCUUUCCAGUCGGUUUAGCUCAGUCUAGUGGCAAAGUUGGUUGCGAGUAGCUCGUGAAAGCAGUUCGGACACAUCUGACUUAAGUGGACUUGGGGUGGAAAGUUUUUCGGUGCAAAAGAUGCCGAAAUUAAAUCUCACAAAUAAUAAUUAAGCCGAAUGUCAACAACAACCCAUGACCUUGGGAAUGCAUGAUGACCAAAUACAACAUGAACGACACUAACUCUACUACCGGGAGUCAAGUCACCCUGACUUCCUACAUGAUUGGGGAAAAUCUUGAUGAGAAAGACACCAAGGGAAUUACCGUUCUUGAUCUAUCACAAGAACGAAAAACUUCUUCGUCUGAUUUUACGAAAUGGUUGAAGAAUCGUGCGAGAAGGAGUUGUACCAGGAAGUUAGUCUACAAGAGGGUGCCCAUUUUAAGAUGGCUGCCCAAAUAUAAUAUCAGCACGGCCGUCGCUGAUUUGGUUGCAGGGUUGACGGUGGGGCUUACGGUGAUACCCCAGGGAAUUGCUUAUUCGAAUGUGGCAGGGUUACCACCACAAAUAGGCCUUUACUCCUCUUUCAUGGCCUGCUUUGUUUAUACCGUUUUCGGCAGCUGCAGAGAAUCCCCCAUCGGACCCACAGCCAUCGCUGGACUCCUCACCCGUGAAAACACCCAUGGCAUGGGUGUCAGUGGUGCCGUCCUUUUAUGUUUCCUCAGCGGUUGUGUGGAAUUCCUCAUGGGACUCCUCCAAUUGGGUUUUUUGAUCGAUUUCAUCUCAGGUCCGGUUUCCAUUGGUUUCACAUCAGCGGCUGCCAUCAUCAUUGCAACAACCCAAGUCAAAGACGUAUUAGGUCUGGAUUAUCCAGGAGGAAACUUUCUGCAAGUUUGGGAACAAAUUUUCCAGCAUAUCACGGAAACCAGACUCUGGGACUGUAUUCUAGGGCUAUCUUGCAUGGCUGUGUUGCUGAUUUUGAGGAGUAUCAAAGACUUCAAAAUCGGCCCUCAGGAUGUCAAGGAACGCCGCCCUAUCCACGAUAUCGCCACCAAAUUCAUAUGGUUGAUUUCAACCGCGCGUAACAUCCUCGUGGUUGUUAUGUCGGCCCUUCUUGCCUACUUCUUUGAAGUGCACGGUUCACAGCCUUUCAUCCUCACCGGAUUCAUUAAACCCGGACUCCCGGAGUUUAAGCCACCCCCCUUCGAAAUGCAAAUUGACAACACCACUUACAAUUUCAUAGAUAUGUCUUCGACUCUCGGAUCGGCACUUCUUGUGGUGCCCUUAUUGUCAAUUUUGGAAAACAUCGCCUUGGCUAAAGUGUUUGCUGAUGGAAAAACGAUCGACGCAACGCAAGAAAUGUUAGCUUUGGGAAUUUGCAACAUUGCGAGUUCUUUCGUCCAGUCGAUGCCUGUCUCGGGGGCGUUGUCACGGGGGGCUGUCAAUCACGCUAGUGGGGUAAAAACGACUUUUGGUGGGAUCUACACUGGAAUUAUUGUAAUUCUAUCCUUACAUCUCUUCACUCCUUAUUUCUCUUAUAUUCCCAAAGCUUCCUUAGCUGCUGUCAUCAUAGCUGCGGUAGUGUUUAUGGUUGAGUUUCACGUCAUCAAGCCAAUUUGGCGGACUAAAAAAUCGGAUUUAAUCCCCGCCUGUACCACAUUCGUUUGUUGUCUGUUUUUACGUCUAGAAAUCGGAAUUGUUGUCGGAGUUGGGAUAAAUUUAAUUUUCCUUCUGUAUGCAACAGCACGGCCUUCAGUUCAUGUGGAAAAAGUCUCGGCCUACUCGGGAUGCGACUACCUCCUAAUUACCCCCGACCGAAGUCUGACUUUUCCCUCAGUCGAAUAUGUCAGAACUGUGGUCUCUAAAGCCGGAGUUAAACAAGGCUCGAGUUCAAUUCCCGUUGUUAUAGACGCGAGACAUAUACAGGGUGCUGAUUUUACAGCAGCGAGAGGUAUCAAGUCGCUAAUUGAAGAUUUUCAUAAAAGGAAGCAACCGAUUUUGUUCUACAAUUUGAAACCAAGUGUCAUAAGUACUUUUCAAGGUGUUCAACCAAAAGACUUUAUUUAUUGUGAAACUUAUUUCGAAUUGAAUGAACUCUUGAAACGAUAUUCGGGAAAAUCUGAAUCGAUUUCGAUACAAAAUAGUGAUAAUUAAUAGUGAUUGUGAUAAGUACAGAUCAAUAUGAUUUUAGAGAGUGACAAAAUGACGAAUUUUAUAAAGUAAUUAAGUAUACCUCACAAGUCUAAUUCAGAAGUAUUUUAGUGUUACGAAAUGUGAUCUUUUAGUUAAGAAAUUAUUUUAUUAGAAUUUUUGUUGUAAGAACAUUUUGUAUAAGCCGUCCAAUAAAUUUUUAAAAUUAUAA